AUGGAUGAAUACGACGAAGCGCAAUAUAUAGACAAUGGGAAUCUAACGCAGUAUGACGAAAAUUCAGAACAUCAAACAUUAGACCCAAAUAGUCAUGAACAAGAAGAAUUAGUAAAUGAAACUCUACUGCAGCAACAGCAUGAAGAAUAUGAUAAUAAUGACGCGCAACAACAAAUCCAACUACAGCAUCAUAAUCAAUCAACACAUCAUCCACAAGAACAAUCAGAAUUACAACAAUAUGAAGAUGAAGAACAAUUUAUACCGAAUCAUCAAAAUAUAGUAGAUGAAUCUGAAUUAUUAGCAGCACAAGCAGCAGCAGAAGCUGCUGCUGCUGCUCAACAACAACAACCUGGAGAUGUAUUUAAUAAUGUAGCACAAGGACUUGAAGGUAAACAUCGAGAUAUGAUGAUGCAAUAUUGGCAAGAAACUAUAAAUUCAAUAGAACAUGAUGAACAUGAUUUUAAAAAUCAUCAAUUACCAUUAGCUAGAAUUAAAAAAGUAAUGAAAACUGAUGAAGAUGUAAGAAUGAUUAGUGCUGAAGCUCCUAUUUUAUUUGCAAAAGGUUGUGAUAUUUUUAUAACUGAAUUAACUAUGAGAGCUUGGAUUCAUGCAGAAGAAAAUAAAAGAAGAACUUUACAAAAAUCAGAUAUUGCAGCUGCUUUAACCAAGAGUGAUAUGUUUGAUUUUUUGAUUGAUGUUGUACCUAGAGAAGAAGAAAAACCAAGUAAAAAGAAUAGUAAUGCAAAUAAUACUGCUACAAAUAAUAGUUAUGGUUGGCAACAACAACAACAACCUCAACAAUAA